UUAUCCAUCCCAGAAACCUCUCCAACAAAGGACGUGGGCUUGAAGCUUCGUGAAGCUCUAAAGCAGCAACUGGCCAUUAUCCAUGAACGUGUGGAAGCCAAGAAGCUUGCUAAGCUGGCUCUAGCUGAAGUCAGACAGCUCCUGGCCAAAGAAGAGGAGGAGAAGGAGCUGGAGCUUGGGAGGAAGGAAAUAACGGCCAGAGUGAAGGAAAGAGUGGCUGCCAGGCUAAAGGAGGAAGAGGAAAAGAUAGAGAAAGAGGAGACUGAGAAGGCUCUGGAGAAACUUCGUAAGGAAAAGGCAAAACAACUGGAUGAGAAAAGGGAAGAAGAGCACAAGGAAGAGAAGGAAGGAGAGAAGAAAUCAAAGAAAGGAGGAGAGAAAGAGGAGAAAUCGGAGAAUAAGGCUGAGGGUGAGGGAAAGAAAGCACAGGAGGAGGACAAGGUGAGAGGGAAAGAGUCUGCCAAAGAAAAAAGGAAGAAAAGCAAAGCUGAGAAAUCUGAUAGAGGAGGCAAGAAAUGAAGUCAGAGGUGGCAGUUUUAGAGGAAUAUAUAGAUCCAUAAGAAGCCAGUGUUUGUCAUUUUCAGCAACAUCAUUUUGACACUGACUAGAAUAGAAUUAAAAUUUUGUUAAUCAUUCUGCUAAAUCAAAAUUUUGCCAAUUUUAGCCUUUUCUUAAUGAACAAAGUUCUUGUACAUCUGCUUGUGUUUAGGCAACAUUCAACAUUUGAGAAGCUUGGCUUCUUUUGUCAAAUGAAGGUAAACAGGAAUUUACUGGAAAAUAUGUUUUAUAUUUAUGAAAUGAUAAAAAAACCAUCUUUGUUUUGGUAUCUUUACCAAUACCCUGGUAUCUUAUUGACACUGGUCCCUCACCCUGUUUGGCCUAAGAAUCGAUCAGUGGUUCCCAUCUGGUCUGGUCUUCAGUUCAUGGUGCACAUAUCAGGGAAUAUGUCACCUGCUGAAUAUUAUCAUUACAAAAUUCAAACAUAAAUAGGUCUCCCAGUAAAAACAACAGGUCCGCAGAUCAGAUGCUCUGCUAAAAAGUAAUUCUCCAACUAGAGUGGCUUGUAGCUUUUGGUUAAUUUAAUAUAUUAUGUGUCAGUAUUACUUUUCACCAUGUUUCAGAAUGAGAGGUAACUAGGUAGCUAACGGUCUGUGCUACUAUCAAAACCAAGGACACAGUGAGGGGACACCAGCUUAGCCAAUGUGCAGAAACAGUGCUGUGCUGGAAGGUUACUACACUUUUGGGUUGUGAACUUAACACUUAGGAAUCACCGGUAUCGAUGUUGUGGCCAGCCUCCAUUUUUUUUUUUUUUUUUUUUUUUUUUUUUGAUGAGGUUGAGGGAAGGAUAGGAUAGGAUUAAAAUAGCUGAAAACGCUCUGCAAAGUAGUAUUGAUAUCAAGUGAAAGAUACUUAAAUGUUUGUGAUAAUGUUAAGCUUUGACUAGACUGGAAUCAGUCUCCACUGUUAGUGACAAAAUGUGAGUUUUACCAAAUUUAGCGAGUUUUGAGUUCCACUAUUAUAAAUGUUUUCUCUUUUAUCAAUAAAGUUUCUUGAUCCAUUAUUGUGUCUUUCUUUUUAAUCAAAGUGACGUGAAACCAUCUUAGGUUCCAACAAAAUAUCAUCUUCUUGAUCUUUAAACAAGUUACCCAUCUCGGGAAAACACAAAUGAUAUCAUGAUAAUACUCUCAAAAACAAAAUUAUUUGUCUCAUAAAACUCUGUUGCCAUAAUAUGCCAGUUUUAUUU